UUAUCCCUUUUGGCUUGAAUGAGCGCAAUGCGUGUUAAAAUUAGUACGGCAAAAGUAAACUAGAUGGCGUUACGAGUCACCCUUCUGGCUUCCCGAAUAUGGGUUACGGGGGUGAAAAACCCCAUUAAGCUUACAAUUCUUUGGUGAUGCUACGAUAGUAUUACAUUCUUACAAAUUGAUAUAAACAAAACGAAGUAAAAACUAUUUUAUUAUUUGUUAAAAGUUACAAUAGUCAAACGAUACUACCUAAGUUAAAAAAGAAAAAUUGUUUCUUUAGUGUAUAAUGUAUGUCAUGAAUUACAUAGGUAUUAUAAUUAAAUAUCUACGUGCUUCUAACAUUGGAAGCAUGCCCAUGGAUUAUCAAGAUGUACUUAGCCAUAGGCGUACUUCUAAUAUAAUCAUAGUUUUUCUUAAUUUAAUAGUAUAAAAUUCUACUUUAUAGAAAUCCAAUAAGACUCGUUCCCCUACAAGAGCUUGCGUAAAACGAAACGCAAUUCCACCCCUCGAAGGCUAAUGACUCACUCACCCCCUAGCGAAAAUUACCGAAGUUACACGAAGAAAACCGAACGGGGCGCGUACAGAGCCCGCACGAAAAACAUAAAAUCUCAACCCAUACUAUUAUGUAAUAUUUUACAAUUUUCUAUUGAAAUAAAAUAAUAAAAAUUAAACGCAAAAUGCGGGGGAAAACGUCAAGUAAUUGUUAUUUCGGAUACGCGUACGUAACUUGUGUUAAUGUUUAGCAAAAGUGAUGUGAACGGGACUCUUUCUAUAUUGAUUUUCUAGUGACGUGCAAAUGAAACGUUGUAUGCGGAAUCCAGUGUUAUUAUUAGAUUGUGUAGUGCUUUAAUAAUUCAGUAAAAAAACUAUGCCACACUAGUACAACAUAGGUCAGAGUAAAUAAAACUAACAGAAUUAAAUCGGUAUGACCGUCCAUGUGAAUUUAAGAUCGAAAUAAAGAAAAAAUGACUAUAAACUUACUACAACGCCAUCUAUCGGCGAAAUGACUGAACUAUGUCAGUGAAAUGUGAGAAAUAUUUAUGUUUGUGAGUGGACCCCUUGGUGUGAGCUGUGAAGAUGGAAGGGGGGUCGACGACGACCUCCGAGGUCUACCAGUACGUCGGACCCUUCAGGUUGGAGAAGACCUUGGGAAAGGGCCAAACAGGUCUAGUCAAAUUGGGUGUACACUGCGUGACAGGCAAGAAAGUAGCCAUCAAGAUAAUAAACAGGGAAAAACUCAGCGAAUCCGUUCUUAUGAAGGUGGAAAGAGAAAUAGCCAUCAUGAAGCUGAUCGAACAUCCGCACGUGCUAGGACUAUCCGAUGUUUACGAGAAUAAAAAAUAUUUAUAUUUAGUGCUAGAACACGUCAGCGGUGGCGAGCUGUUUGACUACCUGGUGAAGAAGGGCAGGCUGACUCCCAAGGAGGCGCGGAGAUUCUUCAGACAAAUCAUAUCCGCUUUAGACUUCUGCCACAGCCACUCAAUAUGCCAUCGCGACUUAAAACCGGAAAACUUACUUCUGGACGAGAGGAACAACAUCAAGAUAGCUGACUUCGGGAUGGCGUCUCUUCAGCCAGCCGGCUCCCUGCUGGAGACGUCCUGCGGCAGUCCUCACUACGCCUGCCCAGAAGUUAUUCGGGGUGAAAAAUAUGAUGGUCGCCGCGCAGACGUCUGGUCUUGUGGAGUCAUUUUGUACGCGUUGCUGGUCGGCGCACUACCCUUCGAUGAUGAUAACUUGCGUCAAUUACUUGAAAAGGUAAAACGGGGAGUGUUUCAUGUGCCGCAUUUCGUCCCUCCCGACUGCCAACAGUUACUGCGGGGCAUGAUCGAAGUCAACCCCGAGAAACGAAUGACGUUAGCAGAAAUAACCCGCCACCCGUGGGUGACGGCGGGCGGUCGCGGCGAGUUGGAACAGGAGCUGCCGAUGAUGGAAGUCGUUCAGACCAGGGUGCUGCCGUCAGCAGAGGCCAUAGACCCUGACGUGCUGCAGGCUAUCUGCAGUCUCGGCUGCUUUAAGCAGAGGGACAAACUUAUACAGGAGCUUUUGAGCCCGCAUCACAACACAGAGAAAGUGAUCUACUUCCUCCUCCUGGAGCGCAAGCGGCGGCGGCCGGCGCGCGACGACGAGCCGCGGCCGGCCGCGCCCGCGCCGCCGCCCGACCCGCCGCGCAAGCGACUCGACACCUGCCGGGUUAACGGCCAAUCAGCUCAUUUCGGACAGAUCAGUGAAGGCUCGCCCAUAACGCCAAGAAGAUCACAGUAUAGGUUUGGUCGCAGCAGGUCGGCGUCGGGGCGCCGCGCGGAGGGCCGCAGCUCGCCACAGCUGCCGGCUAGCCCACCAACCGGACAUACACCACAUCGAGUGUCGUCGCUCGGAGGUACACCUGCCACGCCCGGAUCACCAUUGGCAUCACCAUCAGUCCGGGAACAUCAUCACCAGCGAGCGAACUCAACAGGCCCUACAAUAAGUCUCAAUAUCAGUGGCGAGCCAGGCGAAGCUGUGAUUAUAAUAAAUGAAUCACCGAUCCUCGGCUCGUCGGUCGCCGUGCGGCCGCACAGCCCCUCGCAAACACAUCGAGUGCGGGAGAGGUCAUCCCUGCCUGGUCCCACGAGCACCACGCAGGCCUCCGCGCAACCGUCGCUCUUCCCCAAUCUAGGUACUAUUACAAGUGUGGCCCCGAUGGGCGGGUCGUGCGGGGCGGGCGGCGCAGGCGCGGCGGGCGGCGCGGCGGCGCCCUGGCGGGUCAGACUCGCCACCAUCAAGAACUCCUUCCUAGGGUCACCCAGGUUCCACAGGAGGAAAAUGCAAGCUUCAUCAGAAGAGGUCCACUUAACCCCGGAAUCGUCACCGGAGCUAACCAAACGGUCUUGGUUCGGUUCCCUCUUGCUAUCAGCUGAUAAAGAAGAGACUUUCACAGCAUUGGUAAAGGGCAAACCUCUAGCGACUGUCAAAGCUGAUCUUAUACACGCUUUCUUAAGUAUAGCAGAAUUAUCCCACAGUGUGUUGAGUCCUAUGUCGUUUCGAGUGGAAUACAAACGAGGGUCCAACGCGCCCGCCAUGUUCCAAAGACACGUCAGGUUUCAGGUUGAUAUAUCUACAAUAACGAAAGCGCCGGGAGAGAAUGGGAAAGAGUAUUUAUAUGCAAUUACCUUUACGUUAUUAUCCGGCAACAUCCGGCGCUUCCGGCGCGUGUGCGAGGUGGUCCAGUCGGCGGUGUGUCGCGCGCCGGGCGCCGGCCGCGCGCCCGCGCUGCACCCGCCCUCGCCGCGCGCCACGCGCAGGAACAUACACCCGCACGCGGCUGGUGAGAUCCCAGACAGUCCGGAGACUCCUCACCAGCAGUCAGACCACGACAGCGACUCCUCAGUCUUCGAUACCGUCAAGAGUCCCACCAGCCACACUUCUAUAGAUCAACUCGAUCAGAAUGGCACACAUCCCUUGGGGUCCAGUUCAUCGGUAACCAGCGGCUCCAGUGGAUACAAACAAGGGGGCCGCGGGCGGCGCGCCGCCGAGCCCGCCUCCGCCUCGCUCGACCACGAGAUCAUGAGCUGCGGCCGCGACCUGCCCGGGACUCACACGAAACGAUCUUCCUCCGAAUGCCGAGAGGCCACCUCCUCCCCACGACGAGGUCUGGAAUCCCGGGAUAACUCCAUCAAGGACGAACUCCGAAGGAACAACUCUUUGCGGGAAAAUCGCCGGGAUCUGCUACAACGGGAUCGGGAUAUCGCAACGCCUGCAACAUCUAUGGCGUGAAAGUAAAAUUUGUGAGGUCCUGAAAGAUUUGACGGGGGAUAAUGAAAGAUACUAAAAGAUUUUAGACAAAUUUUGACAGUUUUAUUCAGUGACCAAGUCCCUCUUGCCAAAUGAUAUUCUUGAAUCAAUCAAUAUCAAUCAUCUGAUGAUUAAUUCUUUUCUUACACAAAAACGAUAGUGCUGAUAAGUAUAACUAGUCCCGUAGGCAUUUUGGUCGAAGGAUAAUUUUGUGUGUUUCAUUGAAUACCAAAUAAAAACCGGAAAUGGGACUAGCCUAACUAAAAAAACUGCCGAUUUCAAAAAAUCUU